ACCACCAGUCGCCGGCGCGCCGCCGCCUCCUCCUCAACUACUACCCGACGGAGGACACACCAACCCUAGGGUUUCCCCUCCCGCACCGCCGCCGCCGCAUGCAGCCCUCCACCGAUCGACGCCGCGGCAACCCCGCCGCCUCCUCCUCCCGUGGCGUAUGGCGCCCCCGAUCCGCCGCCGCCCCUACUGCCUCCGCCGCCGCCGACCACCAUCCGAUCCCAACAUAUGUCGCCCCCCAACAUGACAACACCGCCCCCAUACUGCCCCUCCCCAACCCGGGCUCCGACGCGCGUCCGAACCGCCGACGCCAGCGCCGCCCGAACCCCAACCCCAACCCCAACAACAACCUCCGCCAAACCCCGCCGCAGGAGAGGCCUCCGUCCAACCACACCAACAGCAGCAGCAGCCACCGCCGCACCCGGGGCGGACCUCCGCCCGUGAACACGAGUGCCCCUGCGCCGGCAGAUGCCCCCGCCCCCGCUCCUCCAGCGGCGGUGCCGCAGCUGGUGCAGGAGAUCCAGGACAAGCUGGCGCGGGGGACGGUGGAGUGCAUGAUCUGCUACGACAUGGUGCGGCGGUCCGCCCCCGUCUGGUCCUGCGGGAGCUGCUUCUCCAUCUUCCACCUCCCCUGCAUCCGCAAGUGGGCGCGCGCCCCGGCCUCCGUCUCCGGCGCCUCCGACCCGUCCGCCGCCUGGCGCUGCCCCGGGUGCCAGUCCGUGCACGACGUCCCCGCGCGCGACAUCGCCUACACCUGCUUCUGCGGCCGCCGCCGCGACCCCCCCAGCGACCACUUCCUCACCCCGCAUUCCUGCGGCGAGCCCUGCUCCAAGCCCCUCGGGACCGCUGCCAAGGCCGCCUCCCCCGACGACGACGAUGCCACCAGGUGCCCGCACGUCUGCGUCCUGCAGUGCCACCCUGGGCCAUGCCCACCCUGCAAGGCGUUCGCGCCGGAGCGGCCGUGCCCAUGCGGCAAACAGUCCAUCGUGCGGCGGUGCGCGGACCGGAGCACUCCUGUUACAUGUGGGCAGCAGUGCCAGCGGUUGCUCCCCUGCGGGAGGCACCGCUGCGAGAAGGUCUGCCACACCGGGCCUUGCGGGGACUGCCAGGUUAACUUCUCCGCGCAGUGCUUCUGUGGUAAGAAAACAGACACCUUGCUGUGCGGCGAGAUGGCGGUGAAGGGGAAGCUGUCGGAGAAGGAUGGGGUGUUCUCUUGCAGUGAGGUUUGCGGCAACGGUUUGGCGUGUGGCAAUCAUCGCUGCCAGGACGUUUGCCACCCGGGGCCGUGCGGGGAGUGCGAGCUUGUGCCAGGGAAGGUCACCACGUGCCAUUGUGGCAAGUCGGGGCUGCAGGAGAAGAGGGCGAGCUGUUUGGACCCGAUCCCCACCUGUGACAAGGUCUGCGACAAGAAGUUGCCGUGCGGGGUUCAUAGGUGCAAGGUUACAUGUCACGAGGGGAAGUGUCCACCAUGCUUGGCGCGCGUCGAGCAGAGGUGCCGCUGUGGCUCAUCAAGUAGGAUGGUGGAGUGCUACAUGCUGUCGAUGGAAGAGUUCCGUUGCAACAAGCCUUGUGGCCGCAAGAAGAACUGCGGGAGGCACAGGUGCAGCGAGUGGUGUUGCCCAAUGUCGAAGCCGUUUGCUCAGCAUGAAGGUGACAACCUGGAUCCCCAUUUCUGCCAGAUACCAUGUGGCAAGAGGCUCCGUUGUGGGCAGCAUGGCUGCCAGCAUCUCUGCCACAGCGGUCACUGUGAUCCUUGCCGUGAGACCAUAUUCAAUGAUCUCAGUUGUGCCUGUGGCAGGACAUCUAUUCCGCCGCCACAGCCUUGCGGCACACCAACUCCAUCAUGCCCACACCAGUGCAUGGUCCCUCAGCCUUGUGGGCAUCCAGCUUCGCAUCAAUGCCAUUUUGGGGACUGCCCACCUUGUGUUGUGCCAGUGAUGAGAGAAUGCACUGGGGGGCAUGUGAUGUUAAGGAACAUCCCUUGUGGUUCAAAGGAUAUCAGAUGCAACCAGCCCUGUGGAAAGAACCGUCAGUGUGGACUGCAUGCUUGCGCCAGGACUUGCCAUCCUUCGCCUUGUGAUCCACCGCCUGCAAAUGGAGAUGCUAGUUCAAGCUCUGGCAGCAAAGUUUCAUGUGGACAGUUAUGUGGUGUACCAAGGAAGGAGUGCAAGCACACUUGCAAUAGCCCAUGCCACCCAUCAUCACCUUGCCCAGACGUGAGAUGUGAAGUCCGUGUGUCUAUCACAUGUUCUUGUGGCCGUAUCGCUUCAACUGUGCCCUGCAGUGCUGGUGGAUCCUACAAUGGUGAUAAUAUGUUUGAUAUUUCCAUCAUACAGCAGCUGCCGAUGCCUCUCCAACCAGUGGAAUCAAAUGGGAAGAGGGUACCUCUUGGGCAGAGGAAAUUUUGCUGUGACGAGGAGUGUGCAAAAGUGGAGAGGAAAAGGGUCCUUGCUGAUGCUUUUGAUAUUACACCGCCCAAUCUGGAUGCGUUGCAUUUCGGUGAGAACUCAAAUGCGUCGGAGUUGCUUUCUGAUCUUUUCCGUCGUGAGCCAAAGUGGGUGCUGGCCAUAGAAGAGAGGUGCAAAUUUCUUGUGCUUGGGAAAACAAGAGGAAAUUCCUCAAGCAACAUCAAGGUCCAUGUCUUCUGUCACAUGACGAAGGAUAAGAGGGAUGCUGUCAGGCUCAUUGCAGAUAGGUGGAAGCUGUCUGUUCAGGCGGCUGGUUGGGAGCCCAAGCGUUUUGUUACCAUUCAUGUCACACCCAAGUCGAAGGCACCUGCUCGUGUUCUGGGCUCCAAGGCUGGUAUCCCUGUCUCAGCUUCCCAUCCUUACUUUGAUCCCAUUGUGGACAUGGAUCCGAGGCUUGUUAUUGCAAUGCUGGACCUGCCAAGGGAAGCUAACGUUAGCUCUCUAGUCCUGAGGUUUGGUGGGGAGUGUGAAUUGGUUUGGCUGAAUGACAAGAAUGCCUUGGCGGUCUUCAGUGAUCCAGCUAGAGCCGCGACAGCGCUGAGGCGGCUAGACUAUGGAUCUGCUUACCAGGGUGCUGCAAUGUUUUGCCCAAGCAGCACCACUCAAGCUUCAUCAUCAGGCAAUGUGUGGGUUGGAGCACAGAGGGACGGAGUAUCGGCUGCAAAGACAAGUGCAAAUCCAUGGAAGAAGGCUGGUGCCUCUGAGUCUGACCCAUCUGGAGACUGGACAGUGCUUGGUCAUUCUCCAGGGACAAGUGUGCUUGGUCAAGCUCCAGGGUCAGUGUGGAGGCAUGCUGACAUUCCUGGUCAGGUCAUGGGUACGAACAGAUGGAAUGCUCUGGAGUCUCCUUCUGCUACAAGCUCUGGGCCAAAUGACAAGCGCAAGCCGCUUCCUCGCACUGAUGCUGGAUCCUCCAGCACUUCUGUUCCUCGCGUUGGUGCUGGGUCCAGUGCAGCACAGAGCGCUGGGCAAGCAGUGCCCAAGCUGCAGCCAGACUUCGAAGUGGAAGACUGGGAAGAAUCAUGUGAGUGAUGCAGGCAGAGGUGGUUUGGUCUAGAUGGCUUGUUUUAUCCAGAUGCCAUUUUCUCUCAUUUUCUUUUGGCUAAUAUAUGAUGUACUAUAUCGAUACUCAUAUUCUGUCAAGUAGGUUCCUGGUUGUUGCCUGUUGACUACUAAUGAUUUUGUCACUGUGGCAAUCAAUCCUUCUGUAAGGCUGCUGCUUCUUUUGCAGCCAUUCAUUUGAACUAAGAAGAAGAUGCCAUAAAUUUACCUUCGCUGGUC